GGAAGUCUUUCUGUUGCUGCGGGCGACACAGACUGCAAGCGUGAUAGCUUAAUGGUAAAUUCGUGUAGUGGGGUUUGAUGGUUGAGCUUGUGUUAAACUACAUAGUAAUGAAAUACUCUGUGUAUUUAGUUGUAGAUUUCUUAUUAAAACGUUGGAGACUCGAUUUCAUCCACAACCGCACAAAUAUUAGCUAACAAAACAGAUUCAAACCUGUGCUUGCUGCUACCGAUUCAGCCAGGUUUGCUCCUAUGCUACCAGAGAUGGCUGAGAUUGACCACCAUGAAAACCAAAUACAGUUCAACAAGGUUAAUGGGCUUAACGUUGCUAAAGCUUCAGAUAACAUUGCUAAUGCAUGAUGUGAUACAAAUUAUUGUCUUGUAAAGAAUAAAAUAGAUACAUCCAAAUUAAGGUUGUCUUUCACUCAUUCCUAUACUAUGACAGGAAUGGGGACCUAAGACCCACCUGGAUUUCUUAAUUGAAACUUAAAUUCUUCUCUGAGAGAAACUGGAAAGUAAACAUUAGUUGCCAUGCGUAUCAGUCUCUGCCAGGGCCUGUUAACUGGCGCCAUCGUCCUCAACCUCCUCAUUCUCUACUAUGUGUCCCGGGCCCAGCAGCAAAUGAUGGAGAAGAGGAAGGAACUUGGCAAGGGCACAAGGAGGUCUGCCCUACCAGCCUCUGGUCUGGUGGGAGGUAUAGGGGUACUUGUAGGAGCUGGAGGUGAGCCUGGAGUGGUCGGAGUAGAGGGACACAGUCGUGGCCCACGUGUGACUGUUCUUCUUCGGGAGUUUGAAAACUUUGAGAAUUAUGUUGGGGAUGUGGCUAGUUCCUUCCUCCGCCAGAGACCCGAGCUUCCCUUCCUGGCUGUGGCUGACACGUCUCCAUACCCUCCCCUGGUGCUUCCAGAGGGGGCGCGGCUUCUAGUGCUCUUCCCCAGUCCGGACCAGCCACCGCAAGCUCACAGGCCAGAGUUCCACGUCCAGACAGAGUUUGUGCUACUGGUGCCUGAUGGGGUGGUGCUUGAGCAACCUCGGGCUAUCGAGAGGCUGAUCAGGGAGUUGGAAGGUGAGGGUGGGGGGCCUGUGAGGCUGGUAGCUGCACCAGUACUGGCUCGAUCUGCUGUGCAGUGUCUCCACCUGCGGGUGAACCUCAGAGAGUGGACAGCCACAUACUCGCCGGCUGCAUCUGGGAGCAGCGGGAGUGUGUGUACGGCUUUACAAGGAGAUGCAGUUGUCCUCAUUCGCACCGAGGAUCUUUUUAACCUCUCUGUCCCUCUGGGGCGGCCCCUCUUCUCCUCACUCUUCGUCCAGACUGCCUUGAGAGGCUGGAAAGUCAAGCUCCUGGAAAGCCCCUGUUUCUCUGCAAACCACCGGCCCCUCUUCAGCUCCGCUCACAACCAGUGGAAGGCCGACACUCGACUGAAGGAGGCCACCAGGAAGCUCAUGAGGAGCUUUGGUCUGAAGCGUCUCCUGCUGCCUGAUGGGAAGGAACAGUGGUAUGGCUGCAGUAAAGAGACGCCUCGCUGCUUUGGCACUGUGCAGGAUGACACGCCAGACUACCUUUAUCUGGAUCGCUGGACACCUCCCUGCUGUCUGCGAGCUCUCAGGGAAACCACCAAGUAUGUCAUCAAUAUCCUGGAGACCUCGGGUGUGCGCUACUGGCUAGAAGGGGGGACUCUUCUGGGCGCUGUCCGCCAUCAGGACAUCAUCCCAUGGGAUUAUGAUGUGGACCUGGGCAUCUACCUGGAGGAUAUACCCAACUGUGAUCAGUUGAAGAACCUGGACUCAGGCUCUCUUGUGGAUGCUAACGGCUACGUCUGGGAGCGUGCAGUGGAAGGAGACUUCUACAGAGUCCAGUACAGCGAGGCCAACCACCUGCAUGUUGACCUGUGGCCGUUCUAUCCGCGUAAUGGUGUCAUGACCAAAGACACAUGGACAGAGCACAAACAAGACGUGGAGUUCCCAGAGCACUUCCUGCAGCCGCUGGUGCCCAUGUCCUUUGCCGGCAUAACUGCCUACAGCCCCAACAACCACCGAGCCUUCUUGGAGCUCAAGUUCGGAGAGGGUGUUAUUGAGAAUCCCCAGUAUCCCAACCCCGCAAAAAAGAGGCUGGACAGAAGCAAAUUAUGAGAGAUGAUAGAGACUCACAAGCUCUUUUAUUUCAUACUGUAUUUGUUUACCUAACAGCAUGGGUAAUCUUGCCUCAACUUUUUUUUGUAAAACAUCCUAAAGGAUGAUGCCUGGAAACUAAUAUGGUGCCAAAAUGACUGUAUUUGCUGUCAAUUUUACUAAAAUUUAAAUCCAUACACCGCAUUUACUUCAGGCAUACCUUAGAGUCAAAGACAUGUUUUACAUGAUGUACUAAAUCUGUACAGUAUGUGUUGUACAGUAAAGUAUAAAUAUGACUGCUGAAAAGAUGAUACUUUUAAAUGAUAUUGAUAGUAGUUUAUUUUAAAAGAUAUAGUAUACAUAAUCUUAAGCAGGAUUUAAGGUUUUGUAUAGAAUUAUUUAAAAAAUAAGUGGUUAUGAAUGUCUUGACUGUGUUGAAUUGAUUUGCACAGCUUCUUUCAGUUUUGCACAGUUUAUGAAAGAAUGUUACUGUGUAUCAGUGCCAUUUGGUACCUGACAGCUGUGGUGUGGUGAGUAAAAUUCCAUGUGGUGAAAUGAGAAACACACCAUUCAUCCUGUUAUUGUUGACAUAUGAAGAGGAUGAAAUGUUGCUCUAUCAGGCCUUAGUAUUCAGUUAAAAAGAUCAAACUUUGACUGAAUUUGUAGAUAAAUAUUAACCCUUAGCUCAGUUAUGUGUGUGUUACUACUGAACGCCCAUUGUGUAUUGACUGAAAUGGAAUUUCAAUUCAGUAGAUUAUUCAAAGAAAGCAUUUAAAAAGAGAAGUUACACAUACAAAACACACCAACUUCUCUGGGUACGACAUGUUUCCUGUAGUGUUGUUACUUGUGUGUGUUGUAUCAAGUUGGCACUCCAAUUCAAGAACUGGUAAAAUAAAGGAGUUGUAACAGA